AUGGAAACUCUCGCUGAGAGGAGCAUCCUAGCCGCAGGGACAGUUCGCACCAACAGAAAGGAUUUGCCCGAAGAACUGAAGCGAAACAACAAGCUAAAGAAGGGAGAAUACCUGUGGCACUCCAAAGGUCAGGUCACAGCCUAUCAGUGGCGUGACACUAAAGAUGUUCACCUUUUGUCCAAUUUCCAUGAUCCGACGGAAACUGUCGAAGUGUCACGGAAGCUUGCCAAUGGCUCUUCGGUGGCUGUGAUCUGCCCAAAAGCACUGGCAGACUACAACAUGUCGAUGGGGGCCGUAGACAAAUUUGAUCAAAAGCGAAAUGCCUACACUUCUGAUAGGCGUUCCAAGAAGUCCUGGUAUAGGAUAUUUUAUUUUCUCUUCGAUGCUUCUGUCGUCAAUGCAUUCAUUCAAUACUGCGCCAACAAUGACAUAACAUACUUGUGGUUCCGGCUUGUUCUAGGACGGCAACUCAUAAAUGGACAAACGUUCAGGCACUACCCUAGCACUGGACCAUUCCGGAAGAACAAGGAGGGCCGAAAGAACGGCCAAAAGAUGGUUGGAGUCUCGGAGGAAAUUCGAUUCACAGGCAGCGGCCACAAUCCACAAAAAGUUCCCACAAGGCGAAGGUGCAGGUGGUGCUCCACCACAGGAAAUGAGGUCCGCACAAAGUUCAUGUGUGGGGUGUGCAAGGUGCCCCUGUGUGCCACUUGUUUUGGUGCCUUCAUGAGACAACGGGACAGUGUUGUCCCACUUCCAAAAUCCACGGAAUGUGCCAAUGGGACAUAUACGUCCCACUUUUUUCUAAUAAACUAA